AUGCUUGCAUCCGCCAGAAACUUCCUCAGACUUACAGCUUCUACUGCAUGCAGAAGGCACAGCCUACUAAGACCUGUGGUUUUAUCGAGCGCUGCCAACGUCAGAGCCAUUAUGGCCCAUAGACAGAUCACCACUGUGAACAGGUCCGACUCCCAGGAGGAGGCAAUUCUCCAGGCACAAAGAAGAAACAGACCGGUGUCACCUCAUUUGGACAUCUACGAGAAGCAGCUUACCGCGGUGAUGUCCGCUUUACAUAGAAUAACCGGUGUUAUGUUGGCCACCGGUUUCUAUGGUAUCACGAUGGCCUUUGCAGCAGGUUCUCUUUUGGGCCAUCCAAUUGAUUCUGCCACAUUGGUUGAUUUGGUUGCUGGAUUACCAUCUGUCGUUGAUUAUUUUUUGAAAGCUGUUGUGGCUUUCCCGUUCGUCUUCCAUUUCUCUAACGGUAUUAGACAUUUGAUUUGGGACACUUCUCACGCUACCACUUUGAAAGCAGUCUACACCACAGGUUAUAUUACCAUAGGUGCUACAGCAGUGUUGGGUCUACUCCUAAUGUUUGCCUGA